ACAGAACUACAGUGAAAACUCCAAAUCGCGGAGUCAUCGAGAGCUUCUUUUCUAUGGCAAAUGCCUGGAAAAAGGAGAAAUCCUCACCAGUUCUCUCUUCUCGGAACCUCCUCUUACUCUUCCCGCUUGUUUUUCUUCUCAUCUUCCUCUUAUACUUCUCUCGAAGCUCAAGUCCAAACCCAAAUUUCACUAAAGAGCUGACAUUCAAAACCCCAUUUCCCUUCCGUUCGAUCCAACCUUUCGAUUGUUACAAAUGCCCUCAGGGUUACCCGGUGAUUGCUAAUGUCGUCGAAGGUGUCCGUUACCCGUUUCUUUACUCUCUUGCUGAUCUGGGUUCGCUACCCGAUAAGCCUCACAAGAACAUCGUUCGAAUGCUCAAAGGGAAGCUUUUCAGGAAACCAGAUAUCUCUGUGACAAUUCAGGAGGUUCUGGAGAAGUUGAGACAGCAAGGUGGAGGAGGAGAUGGUGGAUAUGUCGUCGAUGUGGGUGCAAAUGUGGGAAUGGCGAGUUUCGCUGCCGCUGCUAUGGGGUUCAAGGUCUUGGCAUUUGAGCCUGUUUUUGAGAAUCUGCAGAGGAUUUGUGAUGGGGUUUUCCUGAAUCGAGUUCGGGACCGGGUUACUCUGUUUGAGGCUGCUGCUUCGGAUCGGCUUGGGAAUAUCACUUUCCAUAAGCUGGUUGGAAGGCUGGACAACAGUGCUGUUUCUGCCACUGGUGCAAAGCUGGCAUUCAAGUCCAAUGAGGAGAUUGAGCUUCAAGUGAGGUCUAUUCCUCUUGACGAAGUGAUCCCAGAAUCAGAAGAGGUGAUGUUACUCAAGAUUGAUGUUCAAGGUUGGGAAUAUCAUGUAUUGAGAGGAGCCUCUAAACUGUUGUCUAGAAAGAGAGGCAAAGCCCCCUACCUAAUAUAUGAGGAAGACGAACGCUUGCUGAAAGCUAGCAAAAGCAGUGCCAAAGAGAUUCGGGAAUUUCUUGGUAGCAUGGGUUACCACCAAUGCACUCAGCAUGGUACAGAUGCUCACUGCACCAAGUAAAAUGAAGGGAGCUUUUCAAAUCAGACAAACUCAUAUCAUGAACAAUUUUUACACUUGUUCAGGAGUGAAAUGACAUGGAGUGUGACAUUAUGCUAUUAAACAACUUGCUGCUGGAAGAUGGGGUCUGUUGAGGAGAGGGUCAGAUGAACGGGUGAAGUUAGUGUUCCUUGAAGCAGUUGGCGCAAUGUUGAAGGUACCUAUCUUUGUGUUCAGCUUUUCAUCAGCAUGAAAAACUAAUUCAGGUACAAGUUCCUAAAAUGAUCUAGGAUACAACCAGAAGAGAUAUUUGUAUUCAGUCACUAGUUAUGGGCCAGCUUGGAGGCACAAUUCUUUAUUCUUCCAGACCUGUAGUUUAUGCUAUAUGCUGUCUUUCUGUAUCUUUGGCCACUUCCCUCCAUGUUAGAGAUCAUACUGUUUUAUUCACAUUGUGGUUUGCUGCUUCAAUGAAUAGAGAGUUGUAGAAUCAAUUUAAGGCUUUGAAAGAUUUUGUGUUAUGGUUC